CUGGCCGAACGGCCCAAACCGACCGCUUGAUGAAACUAGAGAACGGUGAGGAUUUCAAAGCAUUCGACUUCCUUGAUCGUUUAGAUCACCUGCCAAGCUGAUCCUUCACUUUGCCUCCCUCUUUCGUUUCCUGGGAAAAAGAGAAAAGGAGGCGCCUCCCUCCUUCCCUCUUCCAUUCGAUGGAGGCACUCUUGUCUAAUCCCAGCACCCACCUGCUUCAUCUUCCUUCCCUCCCUCACAAGAAGGUUGCCUGUGAUCAUGGUUUUCCUGCCAAUCUCGCCCUUCCUACGACCAAAAACGCCAAUUCCGCCACCUCCCACAUCUCCAAACACCUAUUCCUGGCGUUGGCUAUUGCCAAGGGUCAAGAGCUCUCCCUUUCUGCACAACAGCCACCGUCCUCUCUUCCCCAAGAGAAUUCUUUAGAGCGUUCUGUCUCACUAGAGAAGGUCUCUUCUGAUUCAUUGCAGUAUCAAGCUGGGUACUUGGGUGGGGUCUCCGAAAGGACUAAAUCUGUGGUCGAGGGUGAUGAUGUAACGAGUGCCUCGUCCUACUUGAUCAGUAUCCUUUCUUCCAAGGUCUAUGAUGUCGCCAUUGAAUCGCCAUUGCAGUAUGCGGCGAAGCUUUCUGAGAGGAGCGGCGUCAAUAUAUGGCUCAAGAGAGAGGACCUGCAGCCUGUCUUCUCAUUUAAGUUACGUGGAGCUUAUAACAUGAUGGCCCAUCUCGCAAAAGAACAAUUAGACAGAGGAGUCAUCUGCUCGUCUGCUGGAAACCAUGCCCAAGGUGUCGCAUUGGCUGCUCAAAGAUUGAAUUGCCAUGCAGUGAUUGUUAUGCCUGUCACAACACCAGAAAUAAAGUGGAAGUCAGUUGAACGAUUAGGUGCAACAGUGGUUCUUGUGGGGGACUCGUAUGAUGAGGCACAAUCAUAUGCUAAGCAGAGAUGUCAACAAGAAGGACGAACAUUCAUACCUCCAUUUGACCAUCCAGAUGUUAUUGCAGGCCAAGGAACCAUUGGAAUGGAGAUUAUUAGGCAAAUGAAGGGCCCGCUGCAUGCAAUUUUUGUGCCUGUUGGUGGUGGUGGGUUAAUAGCUGGAAUUGCUGCCUAUGUCAAGCAGGUCAAACCUGAGGUAAAAAUAAUUGGCGUUGAGCCUUUUGAUGCAAAUGCAAUGGCAUUGUCCAUGUAUCAUGGCCAAAGAAUCAUGCUGGAGCAAGUAGGUGGCUUUGCAGAUGGUGUAGCGGUCAAAGUAGUUGGGGAAGAGACCUUUCGCUUGUGCAGGGGGUUGGUAGAUGGAGUGGUUCUUGUCAACCGUGAUGCCAUCUGUGCAUCCAUUAAGGAUAUGUUUGAAGAGAAAAGGAGCAUUUUAGAACCAGCAGGUGCUCUUGCCUUGGCUGGUGCAGAAGCAUAUUGCAAAUACUAUGGGUUAAAAGGUGAAUCAGUGGUUGCCAUAACCAGUGGAGCAAAUAUGAAUUUUGAUAGGCUGAGGCUGGUAACUGAGCUUGCUGAUGUUGGUAGGAAGAGGGAGGCUGUUCUGGCCACCUUCAUGCCAGAGGAGUUAGGAAGCUUCAAAACAUUUUGUGAACUGGUCGGUCCAAUAAACAUAACUGAAUUCAAAUACAGAUACGAUGGUAAUAGAGAAGAAGCUUUAGUUCUAUAUAGUGUUGGUGUUCAUGAAGUAAGUGAGCUCCAAGCAAUGGUUGGCCGCAUGGAAUCUUCUCAACUUCGAACCAUUGAUCUCACAAAUAAUGACCUUGCAAAAGAUCAUCUACGGCAUCUUAUGGGAGGUCGCUCAAAUGUAAAAAAUGAGCUGCUUUGUAGAUUUGUGUUUCCCGAGCGCCCUGGUGCCCUGAUGAAAUUCUUGGACUCUUUCAGCCCGCGUUGGAAUAUUAGUUUAUUCCACUAUCGUGCACAGGGUGAAAUGGGUGCAAAUGUGUUGGUGGGCAUCCAAGUUCCACCUGCAGACAUGGCCGAGUUCAAAGAUCGUGCUAAUGAUAUUGGAUAUGAGUAUGCCAUCGAGUUGGCAAAUGAAGCUUAUAGGCUUUUGAUGCAGUGAGUAUCAAGUAUGGACUUCCUCUUUAUCGACCGUUUUUCAUAUCAGUCGUUUAAUGUUGCUUCUUGUGCGGUGGGGAUUGACAGUCAUAGUCUAUCUUUGAAGGAAAAGAAAUAACCGUGUCUCGACCAUCUUUGGCUUUUGCUCGUACGAUUUUGUCCCAUAUUCAGAUGUAAUGUGGUACUCCUUUCUAAUGGUCAAUCAUCAAUAUGCUAUUUUUUU